AUGGCGACGCCGGCGACCGCUGCCUGGCGCCUCGAGAUCUCGGAAGAGAUGCGCAAGACGAUGAUCACGGAGAUGUACCACGAGCUCCUGCGCAUCUCGGGCGAGAACGACAAGCAGAAGGUCUGGCGCUCCGCGGCCAAGUUUGAGCUCAUGCUCUGGACGCAGUCGGAAGACAAGACAACGUACUUGACCAAGCUCCAGAAAAAGAUUGCGAGCCUCAAGAAGAA